AUGUUUCUGAUAUUACAAGAAGCCAGACGACUGUUGAUCAUCAAGGCUUGUUUGGCUCAGCCAGUCGCCGAGUUCAUGCCGAGAAGCGAAAACCGUGGCAAAUCAACUCUUUCAAACCACACAGAAUUAGUCUACCUCGCACCGAGAAAUUCAGACGGUUUAAAGGGUGGUCAAGCUGAUAGAAAGAUUGGACAACGUGUCUCUUGUGGAAAGUUGCAUUCACGGUACACCUGCCCGCAACGGAAUUCCAUAUGUCAUCAUUGUGGGAAAGUUGGACAUAUUCGUAGUGUUUGUCGCCAGUUCAGACGUUGUAAUGUUGUGAAACAAGUUGAUGAUUCCACAGAGAACUUGCCCGGCGAUUUUCAUUCGCUGACAUUGGCUGUGAAUACUAGUGGCCAUUUAUACAACACUUCACGUUUCGGAAAUGGUAUGUCACAUCGUUUCAUAGUUGACACCGGUAGCGUAGAGUCUCUUAUUUCUAAAAUGAGUCUCGAUCAUCUGCACCGUGACGUUCAGUUUGAUUCUACACUCAUCACUAUUAAAGGUAUUACUGGUCACACCAUUCCGAUGAUAGGAUGUUGUACAUUACCAGUGAUAGAUAAGCAUUUGAAACUUAUGGAGUGUAAAUUUGUUGUCAUUCGUCAAGGCUCGUCCAUACUCGGUCUUAAAGUUAUGCAGGCACUUAAAAUAAGUGUCAAUUUUCUGUCACAAACUGAUACUGACACCCAAAUUCGUGAUUUAUUACACGAUUGUUCGGUUACCUCUGGUGGAUUGAGAAUUCCGCCUGUUAAGUUGGAAGUGGCCGGUGAUCCAGUUUUCUGUAAACGACGUGUACUUUCUUUUGGACUUAGAGAACCUGUUCGAAAGGUACUUACGUCUCUUUGUGAAUCAGGAAUUCUCGUCCCAGUACAGAGUUCACGAUGA